GUGUGUGUGUGUGUAUGAAUGAAAGAAGACACACACACACGCAGUAACACCACUUAAAGUAACAGCGACUCAAGGGACUUUACACUCACACAAAGACACACACACACACACGUUGUUCAUGAGGACGCAUCUUCACUUCCUUAUCUGACUGCUGAGGCUGAAGCAGCUGACCAGUGCUGUCCUAUCUGCUAAACAUCUGCAGGUAAGAAAUAUAAACUCAGCUGCAUCAUUUUUUUCUCUGAACACAGGGACAUUUUUAAACUUCAAAAUUACAUUUCCAGAAAUAAAAAUGUCCAAAUUCUCGAUCCAAAUGGACAACUGGACCUUGAAAUUCUCAAGGAGAUUUCACCUCUUGUCUGAAAAGCUUCAUCAUUUUUAAAGUGGCUGGUAGUAUAAGCCUCUGUGGGUCAUCGGUGGUUUAUGGUCACCGUAAGGGCGCCCGCUGAAGUCAUUUCCCAGCCUGUGGGGUCAUUAACAUCCCUUUCACAGGUCAGUUACUGAGUUUGUUGUUAUUGCUGCCGUUGACCUCUGAAAGUAUGCGGUUAAAGACACUCUGUAGCUCACUGGAGUCAUUAACAUCCCUCAUCGUGGGAGUCGUUGGGGACUUUGGUAUCAGCGCUAUUGCCAUAGUUUACUGCAGUCCCUAUCAUCCCUGAUUGUAAAACAAGUCAAUGAGUUUUUCAUUCUAGAGACUUUGUACCUUGAAAAGUGAUUUUCUUUAAGUCGUUGGAGAGUCGUUUGUUUUGUUGUUAUCUAGGCUGGUGGACUAUAAUCCCAAAGUUGUAACACCCUUUCCUGGGGUGGUUGUUAAAUUGGUCAUCACUAAGGAUGUUGACCUAGUUUCUUUGCGGUUGCAUACAUCCUCUGUUGUAGUUGUCAGGUUUCACUUUAUCAUUGCUGUUGGCCUGUUUCUCCAAGGGCGUUUAACCCUUUCUGACCUUGUAGGGCUGCACGAUAUAUCGUUUGAGCAUCGUCAUCGCGAUGUACGAGUGCACAAUAGUCAUGAUAUUGCAAUAUAGGAGUUCUUUACUCAGUUGCCAAUCAGACUACCCUGCCAGCCGUCAAUCAAAAUCGGCAUGGAGGAAACCACGCCUCUGCACAUGACCCGCACAUGAAGUGAUUCGCUGGCGCUGCUGGUGUUGAGCCGAGAAAUGCAUGCCCGCUGAGAAUUACUUUCAGAACUUUACUCAUCACUGUUUAGCCCCACAAACAAGAAUUGUAUGGGUUUUAAAUCGUACAUUUCCGUGGACCACUCGACUAUAAGCGGCGCACGUUUUGCGAGGUGCAUGCAAUUCUGGUAACAACACCGGGUAUCAUGGGUAAAUUUUUGUGUAAUUGCCAAAAAACUACUCUAAUAACUGCAAAUGACCAAUAAUUGAUGUUUAACUGGGAAGUCAAAAUCAUUUAAAGUCACUUAUUCAUAACUAAAGUUUAAAGUUACAUUUAUGGCUUUAAGUUUUUUCAGUUUGUUUCUUAACCUCAUUUACGUUAAAGUGAUUGUAAAUGAUUUUAGCUUCAAGCUUUAGUUACCCGUCUUGAGUAACUUGAAUACAUUAUUUUAAACAAUUUAUUAAUUAACAUUUUUUCAUAAACAGUAUACAACUUCAAUAACAACAAUAGAACUACAAAUAUUACCCAACCCCUCUCCCCCCAGAACAAACCCCAUUGGCCAACUCUUACCUACAUCCCUAAAAAAAUAAAAAUAAGAUAAUAAUAGUAAUGUAUGAAAGAAAAUGUUAAUGUAAAUAAAUAAAGGAUAAAAUAAAAUAAUGAUAAAAAUAACAAUAAUAAUAACUCAAAUAAUAAAUAAACUGAUUAUUUAAACAAUUAAAUAAAAUAAAAAAAUACAGCAAAAUACAUGCAGCAAAGGUCAAGACAUUGACAAUGGAAAAGCACAGCCACUCCUGCAGAUGUGCUCCAACCAACAACCACCACCACACCAUUGACAGUACUCAUCUAGUUAUCUGUUAUCUGUGAGAAGUUAUCUAGAUAUAUUUUAAAAAGUUUUUCAGAGACCAUGUUUGAUGCAACUUCCUUAAGCCACUUUGAGGCAGUAGGCGGAUUUGAAAACAUUUUACAGCUCGCAGGUUUCACUAAAAAUAAGUGUGCUGUUGUAAUAGUGAAACUGUUUUGAAAGUGCAAGUGUGUCAUUUCAAUAAGUUCUCACCAUGGUGAUGGUGUGUUUAAAUAAGAUGGACAGAAUAAGGCUGCCGACACUAUGGUUUUGGGUUUGUGGGUUUUUUUCAAACAAAGUGCGACUUUGAAUUGAAACUGUGUCGUGGUAUUUGGUUUGCAGAGUUGGGCUCCUUUAAGUUUUCUCUCUGUGGUAUUCAUUUCCUCUCAGUGAGUCCAGUGCAGAUGCUCUCAGAUUUGAUCUCAGAUCAAACAUCUGCUUUAAAUAAAAAAUCCCCUCUUAUAAACACAACAGUGAAUCUGUCCAGACAAAUUAUUUGGUCGUCCCAAACUUAAAUUAAAGUUUGUAUAAACGGUGUAAUGUGUGCUGGAUAUCAUCUCAGAACGUGGCCUGGCCUUACAUGGAAUCAAGCAAUGAAAAUCACGUAUAAAUUGGGAUUUUUAAACACAAAAGUACCACGAGAUGUGAAUUUUUGGAUUUUGUAGGUCAAACUGCACCAUGCUGACUCUUUUUUUCCCACCAACAGUUUUUUUUUUGCAGAAGAAGGCACAAUACAGAUGACACAGCUGAUGUGUUUUUUUCUCACCAGCUGACCUCGACCUGACUCUGUUUUUGUACUUCCUGAGAAAUCGAGUUUAUUUUCGCACUGCUGCAAGACUCAAUAACUGAUCUGGCAUGAUGAGCUUAAGACAAACACAUCUGACCGUUAGACUGCAGGUGUAAAAAAACAGCUAAAGCUUCGAUUAAAAAGAUGUUUGUUACAUUUUGCACCAAUGAACGGUGCUUGCGAGCUACAAUCCACAUUUAAACACUGAAUCAGUCGCCAUUCAGAAGAAGACGUCUCGUGAUCAGAAAAGUUUACUCCUCAAAGACGUAUUUUUCCAAGUCUUGUUGCUCUACUUUUUUCCUCCAUGAAUCAUCAAGCAGGAAGUCUUUGUACGCUUAGCUGUGAUAAUUUAGGUGUUUUGGACGUUAAAGUGUUUAAGUAGCUAUGAGAGAGGAAAUACACGACACGACUUUUUUUUUUUUAAUCCAGCAUGAGUUUUAUGUGUUUUGGAUGUAUUUACUUUCAUGGAUGUAUGUUGCUUUCAUGGAAAUGCACCAUUUUACUCCAUUUACCUUUAGAUAUACAUUGAUGUUAACAGACCAUUGCUAAAUAUAUGUCAGCAAAAGAUAAUAAGGGCUUAGUUUUAGGGUUGAAAACAUUUGCAAGAGUCACAACUUCAGAGCAAAAGCCAAAAACAAAACACACUUUAACUUUUUGGCUUUUGAGAGUCUGCAUACAAAAAUCCUAAUAAAUCUCAACUGCAUUCAAACUACCGCAAAAAUGGCUAGAAAGAAGCAACUGAGUAAAGAAACAAAAGUACAGAUUUGUAGAUUGAGAAAAGAAAGAUAAACAGAAAGAGAAAUUGCAAAACGCCUAAAUGUGUUUCACAAAGGAGUCCACUACACUCUGAAGAGACUAGAGGAACCUGUAAGUUGUGAUGAUAGAAAAAGACCUAGAUGAAAGAGAGUUACUACUAAAGCAGAGAAUAAACAUAGCAUUGUCACCAGUUAGAGAUCGUCGAAAGACAGCACCAAAAAUAAGGGAGGAAGUCAACAUGACAAGGUCGAAACCCGUAUCUUUGACAACCGUGAAAUGACGUUUGAGAAAGGCUGGUCUGAAGGGUUGUGUAUCUGCAAAAAAACACCCUCUUCGUCCACAGAACAAGAAAAAGAGAUAUGAGUGGGCAAAAGCUCACAAAAAUUGGACUUUAACAAGUUUGCACUGUUUGGUUCAAAACGCAGAGUCUAUGUCCGAAGACAAACUGGUGAACGUCUGUAAGCACCAUGUGUUACACCCACAAUUCAGCAUGGAGGUGGUAGUUCCAUGGUAUGGGGAUGUUUUGCAGGUGAUGGAGUAUGAAGAUUUGUUUGAAGUAAAGGGUAUCAUGAAGAAGGAACAGUACCACUCCAUCCUCCAGCACCAUGCUGCUCCAUCUGGAAUCAGACUUGUGGCUCAUAAGUUUGUUUUGCAGCAAGGUAAUGACACUAAGCACUCUGCCAAGCUCUGUCAGGGUUACCUAGACAAAAAAAAAGAGGAAGGUGUUCUUCAAAACAUGGUUUGGCCCCCUCAGUCUCCACACCUUUCUCCAAUUGAGCUUGUGCGGGAUGAAUUGGAUCAAUCGGUCAGAAAAAUGCAUCCCACGAAUCAGCAGUCUCUUUUUAAUGAACACCUGGUAUAUGCCAAGCUGUUGUUAAAGCCAGAGGAGGUGACUUUAAAGAAAGCAAAUCUAAGCAACAAUGACUCAAAUACCUAAUAAUUAUAGUCAAAAUGUCCUCUGAUAAGUUACUCUUUACACAAUAGUCAUGUUUAUUGUGUUGCAAAUUAUAUAUAUGAAUUCAUGAUCUUUUUUGUACAAAUCGGAUCUUGCUUCCAAACUUUUGGCCUGUAGUGUAACGUACACUCAUGCUUCACGCGGAUUGAUAAAUAAAAGCCUCUGAAAUGUAGAAAGACUUUGGUUAACCAUACAUUGUCUUUCGAGCUGAGCUUAUGAAGAAAACAGGAAGGAAAAACAUGGUUUCCUUCCUUUAAUGUAAUCGAGAAGUGAAAUAUUUUAACCACAGAAAUACAAAAAUGUGUCAAACUUUUUACCUGAUUGAAGGAUGAAUGCAGGAGUGGCAUCUGUGAAGUAAUAAUCUUUUAUUGUUGUUGUUUGUUUUCCAGCUCCGCAAUGUCUCCCAACGCCUCUCUCCACAUCCCUGGGACAUUCAAGGAUGACCAGUCGACAAAGGUGGAUGUGGACGCCAUCAUGGAUAACGUGUCCAUCGUCCUCUACACGCUGACUGUUGUGCUCGGCAUCACGGGGAACUCCAUCGUGAUCUGGGUGGCCGGAUUCAAGCUCAAGGUGGAUAAAAAGUUCACAAUCAAAACACUUUCUGUGGAACAAUUAUCAAUUCGAUAAAGAUUGUAUUGAUUAAUUUUGUUGGGAUUGAUAAUUAAGUUUUGGUUACGAAAAUCCCACGUAUCCGCUUCUGAUGAACCCGUUGUUAUCCACAUUUUAUACAAAUAAUCAGACAUGUUUCUUUCUGCCACCCUCAGCCAAAGGUCACCAACGUAUGGCUGGUCAACUUGGCGGUAGCAGACCUGAUCUUCUGCUUCACCCGGGUCUUUUCCCUCAUAAAGAAGCUCUUCUUCGACCACUGGCCCUUUGGCGUCUUCCUCUGCAAGUUCAACGGCUUCUUCAAAUACGCCAACAUGUUCUGCUCCGUCUUCCUGCUGGCCGUGAUCAGUCUGGACCGAGUGCUCUGCGUCUGGAGGCCCGUCUUCACCAAGCGACAUCGCACCCUGUUGGUUGCGAGGUUAGUGGCUGUGUGCGUGUGGAUCGUUGCCACCACCUUUAGCGCUCCGUAUUUCUUUUACCGCCAUGUCUACCCGGGGAAGAACAACCUGAGUAAGUGCUCUGUGGAUUCAAAGGAUGCGGCGCAAGGGGACAACAGAUCCAAACUGGCCGUCUACUCCAUCCGCUUCCUGUGUGGCUUCAUGUUGCCUUUCAUGGUCAUCCUCAUCUGCUACAUCCUGGCCGGGAUCGGCAUCAGGCGAACUCGCCUUAGAGGGAAGUCCCGCCCCUUACGUAUAUUAGCCUCACUGGUGAUUGCGUUCUUUUUGUGCUGGGCGCCGUACCACUGCCUCCUGCUGGUGAAAAUGGUGGACAGUAAGAACCCGGUGGUGAAGAUCUGGCACCCUUUGGCAUCCGGCUUUGCCUACUUUAACAGCUGUGUGAACCCGCUGCUGUACUUUUGCAUGGGCGUGGACAUCAGGGGGCGCUUCAGGCAGAGUCUGGCGGGGGUGUACAAGAGGGCUCUGGCGGAUGACGUGGACGGGCAGACGACCCAGUCCAAUGAUCAGUCUUUGGACGAUAGCAGCGGGUCCAAAACGAGGACUCGGACAUCAGUGGAUGUGGAUAAAGUUUGAGGUGGUACCUUGAGCAUAUGUUGGAUGUUGUCAUGGUUGACCCUCAAAAAUCUGAACAAAGAUGCACCAACAGCAUCCUCAGUUCAAGUUAAUGAACUUUCUCGCAAACUUUUUAAAAGUUUGUCAGAAAGUUUCCUCUUUUCAUCAGUUACCUGUAAAGUUUUUGUUUUGUAAAGCCAUCCCAAACCACAAAUAACAACAUGUUUAACUAACAACUGAAUAUAUCAAUAAGACAACAGAAAUGACAGAGAAGUCAAAACUGGACUGUGGUCUGAAAAAAUCAAUGCUUGACAAUCUUUUUGGAAGUCACGUGAAAACAUUCGAUUCAUAAUGAAACUGAAACUUUGACAGAGGGAACCACAAACUGAGCAAACAUGUUACAUUAAACAUAAAAAAAAAAUCUUUUUCAGUAUCUAAAGAUGUUGGGUUUGCAUAAUUUCAUUAAAAACUGUGUUAAUAUUAUAUUAAAAAACCCUUUUUUUUUUUUUUUUAAUUUUAGGGAGGAUUGUCUCCCAGAAAAUUUGUCAACAAUGACCUUUAAAACAAUCUUCUGCUUUCUUGAGGAGCUGAGUUCCUUAUUUUUUAAGGUCAAACCUGCUUUUUUAUUCGUUUACUGCCCCGACAUGAGUAAAUCCCACAUAAUGAGCAGGUCCCAGAGUGUAAAUACUUAUUUAAUGUACAUUUUUAAGAAUAUUUUUAAUCUGUUGUACAUUUUUGAUCAAAUUUCACAUCUUAUUUUUGAAGUGCAGACUGAUGCGUUAAAUUUACUUAAAAUGAAUAAGUUACAUGUGAACAUUUUCCUGUUUGGUUUCAUGUGAUAAAAGUCAAAGAUAAAAUGAGGAACUGUGCCCCGUCUGGAGGUUAAAGGGAAGUGAGACUGCAGGAGGAAAAGAGCGAUCUGUUUAGUCAUCACACUGUCUGCAGUUUCAAAGGUUAUGAUGAAGGACACAUGAACCGAAACUCUUCGAAAUAACUAUCUGCAGCUAUGAGAAUCAAAUCUAGGAGGUGAAGUAAAAUCUAAGAUGAAAUCAAGGUUUUAUUCCGGAAUAUCUCUCUUAUCAGGACCAAUUUUACAAGGGUGCAAAAACAUUCAUCGCACCCUUAUUCCAAAUUUCUGCCCUUUGAGUUGAACUUAAGUAAUUUGAGGUUUAAGUGAAAAGAGUGAGUCAGAUCAUGUGUAACGCAUCUGUGGUCAUGACCGGUCACUGAAGCAGCACCCCCCACUUCCACUCAUAUGAACCCUAACUCUUUUGAUCUCGACCCAGGCUGUGAAUUAUGAGUUUUAAUGAUGAUAAAGUCAUUUUGUUAUUUCACAAACAUAGAAAACCUCCUCACAGGAGCUUUAAAGAGGUGAAAUAACGAGGGAAAACUCAUAUUUUAGGAUGAAAAGUCCUUAUUAUAUCAUAAAAGUGAGAAUCUUGACAAAGUAAAGCAUCAUUUUAAGGGAAUAAGACAAAGAUAUAGUGAUAAAAGGUCAAUGCAGAGUUGUAAUUGUGCAAAAAUAGUCAUAUUGAUACUCUUAAUGCAGGAUAUAAAGAGUAAUCAUGAGGGAGACGGCCAUUUAUUUGAGAUAUGAGGUGUUCAAAAAUUGCAGUUAUUAAAUACCAAAUAUUAUUUUACCUCAUGUUACAAAAGUUCAACAAGCAGACAUUGAAACUCGUAAUUAUUCCUUCAGUUCACGUUUGUCAGACGCCUUAGAGGGUUAAUUAUCUCACUGGUCAGUAAACAGAGCAAUCUCCUCUUUUUUUAUUACACAUGCAGAAAGAAAAUAGAGUCUCUCCGCAACCAGAUCAUAAAUCACAGCUGUGUUUGUCCUGCAGAUUACUUACACAUCACUGCGUUUCAUGUCUGUGUUUUUAAACUACAUGUUUGUCACUGCUCUUUACAUGCAACAGAUGUCAAAUGUGAAAAAGAAACUUGGAUCUCAGUUACACAUUUACACUUUUCUUUUUGGCUGUAAAUUUCUGUGGCAUUUCCCUUUAACUCAAUAUAACUUUGUAGAUAUUUCCAAAAGAGGAUAAAGAGACAUAACCGUGCAAAUAAAUCUUUGUUAUCUGCUGGAAA